AUGGAGCAGCCUACGGAUGACGACCCCAGGCGGUUUUGUGUAUGCGUGGGUUGCUCGAGCAGCAAUCGUGGGCCGGUGCACCGCACGCCCGUCCAGAUGUGCAGUACUCUGCUGUAUAGCGGGUGUAUGCAGCAGGGGACAACGGCCCUCACGAAAACAUUGCAGGACGACAGCAGAACCGACGCCGCGGCAGCGCUCCGGCUGCACGGAAGCCAGCCUACGCCUAAAGUUUACUACAUCAGCGCAGGUCGAGCUAAGUUUUUCUGUGCAGCUAUCUUCUUCCUGGCAAGCCCUGCACUGAUGGACACGAACGCGUGUAACAUCAAGGGCGCGCCUUCAAGUGCCUCCCCAUUCACGUGCUCCGCCGUCAGUGUCUUCAUAUGCAACUAUGAGUAUUUUCUCACUAUCGCGUACUCAAGCUGUAGCCAUAGAAGCAUCUCUUCCGAUACUGGAGUCACAGCUACGUGGCAGAACUGGUAUCAGCAAUGCAGCCUACGCAGCGGGUCGCAAAGAGAUAGCAGAGAAGGGCAGCAGCAGGCGCCACGUAGCUUCGACGUGGUUGAGGAGCGCAGGCGGCGGCAGCAAAAGCUGCUGGACCAGCGGCCCCACCGGCGGCAACAGCAACAGCAGCAAGGAAGCAGCAGCGACAUGUUCUCAGAACGCGAGCAGCAGCAGCAGACGCAUGGAAGGAGGAGCAAGCUGCAAUAUUAUUCAAAACGUCUCAAACGCGCAACGUGGAUCCCUAGAAGCAGCAGCUCCCGACAUGAGCAGCGCUUCAAUGUUUCUAAGCGGCAAUCAUUCGUGCGCGUCUACAUGUGUCCGUCGGCUGCGACCUCGGAGCGCGGAUGCAGAGAAGAACAUUACGUGUAUGUCAACGAGAGCCGCCACGGCAGGAUCAACUCGGGCAAUUUCUUCGAUGACGACGAGCGAUUGUAUAAAGGACAUAUUGCUACCCCCGAAUUCCUCUCCCACUUCAAGUGCCAAAUAGCCUACACACAAGCGGAGGGGCAGGAAAAGAAGCACAUGGGUCCACUCCUUCCUGUAGAAACCGCAAGAAUAAGGAAGAAGAAGAAGCAACAGCUACGGCGGCAGUAG